AUGUCUCGGAAUCUCAGGGAUUCAGACAGCGCAGCGGCCUGCCUCAUGGGCGGCCCCGGGAUGCCACGCUUCCUUGGGGACAGAAGAGAAGCAGAGACAGACACACGGAGAAGCCACGUGAGGAUGGAGCAGAGCUGGAGCGGGGAGUCUACCCGCCAAGGAACCGCGCAGCCUGCCUGCGGCUGCCGGAACCAGGAGGAGGCCUGGGACAGCGCUCCUGGGCAGCCACAGAAGGAGCCGACCCUGCCGACGCGGGACCUCAGACUGCAGCUUCUGAAGGCGCUCCUUGGCAUCGGGGCCGUUCACCGACUGGCCCACUUUGCCCGGAGCUCCGAUGUGCGUCGUCACCCUGACGGGGUCUCUGUGGUUCUGGCCCUGCAGAGCCCGCCGCCCAGAGCCCUGCAGGCUGAGGGCAGCCGGGCCGAGGUGCCCGCCCAGGCCGAGGGGCCCAGCACUGUGGCUGCUCUGCCGCGCCCCGUGGCUGGCCAGGAUGGCGGCUCUCGCUGCGUCGCCCACCUUGUCCGGGGCCCCUGGGAGAAUCGCCUCGUGCUGGGUAUCCCCUGGGCCCUGACCUUCCUCCCCUUCAAGCCUGCCAACCCGCCCCCACGAGCCGGGCAGCAGGAGCCCUGCAGAGGAGGGGGCGGCCAGCAGGCCCGGAGGCGCAGAGCCGGGCACGAGACAGGGGCAGCCGGUGGGCCUGGGGGACGCCCCGCGUGCAAGCUGGAGCCUCUGAGCGGUGACUCCGCGGGCCUGUCGGGUCCUUCAGCAGCUCACUUCAGCUCCUUCCUUUCUCAGCCCCUUCUCGCGGGCGCCGUCGCACUGAGCAGCCCCCAGCCGCACCCCAGACGCAAGCCAGACCCGCCGGGGCCUCGAGGAGCUGAGGGUCCUUGGUCAUGCCUCGUCUGUGGUGUGGCUGUGCCCGGUGGUUGA